AACAAAAUAUGCCUAAAAAUGAAAAACAAAUUCUCGAGCACACCAACUGCACCACCAGCGUUAGACAAAAUUAUUCAACCAUUGUUUAACUAAUAAUAUUUAGCGUCUUCUUCGUCGCUUGGUCUUCUCCACAACAGUCCACAUGCAUCUUCCCGUUCGUACUCUAUAAAAUAAAGCAGCGAUCUUUCCACAUUGGCUCUUCCUUUUCUUCUCACCAAUAAACAACGAAUAUCUUAUCCAUGGCUUCCUAACUUCCCUCUGCAUGUGGCCAUGCUCCCCCAAGCAAACCCCACCUCAGUAUCUAUCUCCACCAUAAGCGCCUCGCCACCACCAUCGUUGCACCCCACCCGUUUGCGAAUUUGCACCAGUGAGACCGUCUGUCAAACCCCGGCAAUUAGUCCUGCGUUCCCAAAUGACCCAAUUCUGAAAGUUGGGUUUUGUAGAAGGGAGCAAGGAGGGGGAGAUUUCAAGAGUUGGGUUUGUUUUUGCCAUGUUUGUGGUGUGAUCUGAAGCAAAAAUUGUGAUCAAAGACUUCAGAAGCAGUUUGUGUUUGGAUUGCUUGAGAAGAUGGAGAAAAGAUUAGAGCUUUUGGUCGUUUUGGUUACUGGGGCAAUUUUCUUGCAUGUCACUGCGGACCCAGUUGAUGAUAAGCAAGCCUUGUUUGAUUUCAUUCACAACAUUUCUCACUCAACCUCUAUCAAAUGGAAUGAGAAUUCUUCUGUUUGCAAAACCUGGACCGGCGUGGUCUGUAGCAAAGAUCAGUCCGGAGUUAUAGAGCUUCAUUUGCCUGGAGCUGCCUUACAUGGUCCAAUCCCACCGAGCACUCUUAGCCGCCUUUCGGCGCUUCAGGUUCUAAAUCUCAGUUCGAAUACCUUGACUGGUCCAUUCCCUUCUGAUUUUUCCAAACUCAGAAACUUGUCUUCCCUUUGUCUUCAGUACAACAAUUUCUGGCCAUUGCCUUUAGAUUUUUCGGUUUGGAAGAAUCUUACUGUCAUGAAUCUCUCAAAUAAUGCAUUUAGUGGGAAUAUCCCUUCCUCGAUUUCAAGUUUGACUCACCUCACAGUUCUGAAUCUCGCUAACAAUUCGCUUUCGGGUGAAAUUCCUGACCUCAAUGUUCCUAGUUUGCAGCAGCUUGAUUUGGCUAACAAUAACCUCUCAGGGAAUGUGCCUCAAUCUCUUCAGAGAUUUCCAAGUUGGGCCUUUUCAGGCAACACUCUUGCGUUCCUUCCUCCAGCUCUUCCGGUUCAACCACCUAAUUCUAAACCGAGGAAGAAAGUGAAACUCGGCAAGCAUGCAAUGCUAGGUAUUGUGAUUGGUGGAUGUGUUCUGGGAUUUGUUUUAAUUGCUGUUCUGAUGAUCAUUUGCCGCUUACAACAAAAGGGUGAAAAUGGGAUAGUUGAAAAACCAAAGAAGGAACUCUUUUCAAAGGAAGGGCUUUCUCGGAAGCAUGAUAAGAAUAACAGGAUUUCGUUCUUCGAGGGUUCUAAUCUUGCAUUUGAUCUGGAGGACUUGUUGAGGGCGUCUGCUGACGUUCUUGGCAAGGGAACGUUUGGGACGACAUAUAAGGCAGCUUUAGAAGAUGCAACUACUGUUGUGGUGAAGAGGUUGAAGGAAGUGAGUGUGGGAAAAAAGGAAUUUGAGCAGCAAAUAGAGAUUGUGGGAAGUAUCAGGCAUGAGAAUGUAGCCGCGCUGAGGGCGUAUUACUAUUCAAAAGAUGAGAAGCUUGUUGUUUAUGAUUACUAUGAUCAGGGAAGCGCCUCGUCGCUGUUACAUGCUAAAAGAGGAGAUGGCAGGAUUCCACUUGACUGGGAGACUCGACUGAAAAUAGCAAUCGGUGCAGCAAGAGGCAUCGCUCAUAUCCAUGCGCAGAAUGGUGGGAAACUUGUCCAUGGAAACAUAAAGGCCUCCAACAUCUUCCUCAACUCUCAAGGAUACGGUUGUGUGUGCGAUGCUGGUUUGCCAACACUGAUGGGUCCAAUGCCCCCACCAGCAGCGCGUACUGGAGGAUACCGAGCCCCAGAAGUGAAAGACACCCGUAAGUCUUCCCCUGCAUCUGAUGUCUACAGUUUCGGUGUCCUGCUACUCGAGCUUCUCACCGGAAAAAGCCCCAUACACACAAUAGGUGGCGAAGAAGUUGUUCACUUGGUCCGGUGGGUGAACUCUGUGGUCAGAGAGGAAUGGACAGCAGAAGUGUUUGACGUGGAGCUUUUGAGGUAUCCAAACAUAGAGGAGGAAAUGGUAGAGAUGUUACAAAUAGGAAUGUCUUGUGUGGCAAGAAUGCCUGAGCAACGACCAAAUAUGCCGGAUUUGGUGAAAAGGGUGGAAGAAAUUCGUCAAGUAAACAUCGGAACUCGACCAUCAUCAGGAAUAUCUACUCCAAUCUUAAAUACGCCGACUCCUCCAUCGGAGAUAGCAGGACCUUCCUUUCUACCCCAGUGAGAUUCUUUCUUAGUUCUUAGUUACGAUAUAACUCUGUCAAGUUGAAAUUCAUUCGGAUUUGGAUUGUAGUUUGUAUGACAAUCUCAUAUUUCAUCGAUAAUCAUAUCGGUUAGAGUUAUGAUGUUCGUAAACUUAUUUAAUUGACGAAUUCAAUCAUAACCUGCUCUUUUUGUCAA